CGCUCCCCCGAAUCAGGGACUGACGUACCCCGACUCAACGACAGCUCCAAGCUCCCGCCAUGGCAGCAGCUUCCGUCGCCGCCGCGACCUCGCGAGCGGUCGAACCCCACCGCAACGCCUCCGCGGAACCGUCAUCCCAGGCGCCAUCCUCGUCCUCAUCGCGCGCCGCAGAGGCAGAGGCGGGACCGGUGUCGCAUGAUGGCUGCGCCGAGGAGGACGUGCUCCACCUGGACUCCCCGUGGGUCGCGGCGGCUGAGGCGGACUCGAGGCUGGAGGAGGCCGCGGCUGCCGCGGGACUCCGUCUUUGCGCCGAGAACGAGGCAGAAGCAGAUGAGAUAAUGGACAACCUGCAGCGACAGGACGACGAGGUCGGUCUGCUGAAAAUCAAAUCGGAAAUUUUCAUCACUAAUCUUACCUAUGAUUUUGAUCUGAGCUAUAGCGAAAAGUUGCAAAGCAUUUUCUCAAUUCGUACGGUCGUGACGCUGCGUGUGAUUUUGGAAGGUUCUGCUGAAAACUGCAUAGAGUGGAGAUUAUUAGAUUACUACUGUAAAACUGGGAUAUUCUCGUAUUUUACUUUCUAA